ACAUGUGAAUUGAAUGUAAUUACGCACAGGUUUGAAUAUGUUUGUGUAUAGAGAAUAUACACACUGUAAUAAGAAUAUAAAACAGCAUAACUACGUUACAUUUUGAUACGUCAUAGUCACUAAUCAGUGAGUUAAUAUUUUCACCUUCUUCCCUCUAUUUCUCCGCGUAUCUUAAGUUCCAAUACUGAAUUUUAAAAGACGUCAAAAUGAUUGCCACACAGAUCUUUAUAUCUAUGGUUGUUUUAAUUUCUUCUGUCCAUUUUAUAACCUGUCUAGCUGUUACUAGUGGUGGUGCAACGAAACCAAAUAUGAGUAAAUUUGCAGUUGUAAGUGAUAAACCAGACACUACCUCGGAUAUGCAGCUCGGAGAAGAAACGAAUCAAUCAAAUACUGGGCUGUCAUUAGUUCCAACAAAAGUUCGUAAUGUGGUGUCUAAAUCUGUUGGUUUGAUGUUCUGGCCCGUAAAGAAAUCGUGGCAAAUGCUCAAGGGCUUUAUGCCGUUACGCCGAAAUAUACAUAAUAAUAACAUGGCAAAAUAUGUGGAAAAUGGAGCAGUAGUAAAUUAUAUUUAUAAUACAUUUGUAAACUACUUAUUAAACGAAAUUAAAAUGAUUUCAACGAGGUUUUUUAUGUCAGCAAUUACGUUACUAAUUGUGGUCCAAUGCAUUACUUGUUUAGUAAAAACAGGCACAAAUGUUGGUGCUACCAAACCCGAUAAGAACUCGUUCAUUUCCAUCAAUAAAUCAGAAUCUCCACCGGAAGAAGAGGUAACGACCGAAGAUAAUUCAUUGAUAAAAUCAACGACAAAUUGCAUUCGUAAUAUAAUCCCAAAGUCCGUUGAUUUAGUUUUGUGGCCCUUAAAAGGGGUAAUGAGUUCAUUGAAAACUGCCACAAACAUAUUUAAUCCUCAAACAACAACAAAUAAAAAACUUUUGAAAAAUUCAACAUGAUGAAUAGUAGUUACACAGUUACACAUAAAUGUUUAUCAAUAUUCA